ACGAUGUUGGUUCUUUGUUUUCUGUUUGCGUGUGCGUUUGUCGCGUCCGAUGCGACAGAUUUAGCAAAAUUUAUAACACCAUGCCGACCAAAAGACACGGCUUGUCUGAAGUCCUCAGCGCAGAAGGCGGUACCGUUUCUCGCAGCGGGAAUCGCCGAUCUCGGUAUUGAAACCAUGGAUCCGAUGACCGUGGGCCGGGUGAACACCGUCCAGGCUGGCUUGCACAUGGAUUUUAGAGACACGACCGUCAGAGGCCUAAGGAACUGUGUAGUUUUAAAUUUGAGGCGGUUACACGACAAGACCCUUCUGGAUCUGAAGUGCUCUGUGACACUGGUUGGUGAAUACACGUUGGGUGGCCAACUACUGAUACUACCCAUCGAAGGCACCGGAAAGUACAGGAUCAGAAUCCGGGACAUCAUAAUGAAGAUAAUUCUAGACGUGGAGGAGAGAAUAGUGCAGGGCGACAGGUACUGGCACGUCAGCGACUGGAAGCACAGCGCCGAGGACGUCUCCAAAGUCGAAUACCAGUUCCAGAAUUUGUUUAACGGCAACCGUGAUUUGGCGAAGACUAUCCACGAUUUCGCAAACAGCAACUGGCGGGAAAUCUUUCAGGAGGUGGCUCCUCCUAUGGUCAAGGCUAUCGUCUCCAAGAUAAUUCACGAAACAUUCAAACUGUUCGAUAAGGUGCCUAUCAAGGAUCUAGCAUUAGAAUAAAUAACGCUACGGUUGGAAGCAUGACAUUCACCGAAGUGUCAUACUCUCGCGUCAUCCAUCUCAUACUGGUCGUGUUGUCAAGUUUAAAAUAACGUCACGACCAAACAUUGUAUUGGCCGGGUGUUGAUGUACCACUUGCUUGUCUACCAGCGCUCGCAAAUGUUAAAGAGUGUUCAUUUAGUAUUAAUCUCAUCGAAACAUCGCCGAUAUUCAAUAGUGUAAAUAAUUUGUAAGCCAAUUAGUUUUUUUAAGAAAUAAAGAAGACUGU